AGUGACGAGGAAGCUUAUAAUGCACCCACCAGGCCACACCUUGACGCUAACUCAUAAGUGAAACCACUUCUCUCUGCCAGCACGCUUUUUCACAUUUGCUUAUUUAUUUAUGUUUUUUUAUUUUUUUUUUUUAUCGAGAGUGGUCCCUUUUCCAUCAGCGCGCCCUUAGCAAGCUCACAUCGUUAGUUUCAAUAAAUAAAAUAAAGACUUCACAGGGGACAAUGAUUACGUUUGGAACCGCAUUAUUUCAAAACUUCUUUUUUCCUCACACCCUGUGCACAACAACAGCAUGAAAUUCUUCCGUGGCACUCCCUGUCGGCAACAGCAGCACAACCAAUUUAAGUAAAAACAUGUCAAGUUACACUUGACUACACGUAGAACGGCACGCCCAUAUCGCUUUUUUUGUUUUUGUUUAGUUUUUUUGCAGGACAAGUUAUUUGUCCUGUGAGGUUCUGUUAUUUUAUUAUCUAAGGUUUUAGUUCUCUGGUGGUCGUUUUUCUCUAAAAUAAAAAGGGACGUUGCGUGCAUAGGUGGAACCAUCAAAAAUGCAAAGAGCAUAACCUCCCUCCAGAAUUGGAAUUAAGCCAAAGAAUGAUUAAGAUUCAUAGACAAAUGCAGCCGACAGGUAAGCGCCACAGCAGUGUAGUGUUACUGUUCCUCCUUGUGUGGAACUGCAAAAGCUGGUCUGAUCACUGCAGUGCGUCAGUUUGUACUGAUGGGUUACCAUGACGCAAGGGGGGAUUCAGAAGACUGUGCACUUCAUCAACAGCAUUCUGGGGGUCACUGUGCUAACUCUUCCUUACUGCUUCAGACAGUGUGGCAUAGUUCUGGGGAUCCUGCUGUUAAUCUUUUGGUCAUGGCUCACAUAUGAAUCCAGUAUGAUGGUAGUGAACACUGCAAUCAAAACCAAUAAGAAAACAUACUGCGGUCUGGCUCAGCUGUCCUUUGGCAAAAUUGGGAAAUUAACAUCUGAAAUAUGUAUCCUUGGAUUCAUGAUGGGAGUCUGCACUGCUUUCCAUGUGGUGAUGGGAGAUCUGGCAGUUCACCUUUUACAAGGGUUAAUUGGUGAGGAGGUCACCCAGAAUCAGCGCAUGCUUCUUAUUUUUGCCAUCUGCUGCCUUGUUGUUCUUCCUCUCAGCCUGACAGCCAGCGAUUCGGUCCUCUUGUCAACCACAGCAGUAGUCGGCUUUGCUUGCUUCAUGGUUGUGACUUUAUGUCACUGCUGUCACAGGCUGCUCUCCAGUGGUCAGGAGGUGCAGGUGAGACUGUGGCUCUCUGAUGGGUUGCUGGAGUGCUUGCCUAUCUAUGGAACUGCCUUCAGCUGCCACCCACAACUGCUGCCAGGGGUGUGUGUGAAAGGCCUUGACGUUUCAAAGCAACGCACAAUGCAUGCCAUUAAGCAUGCAUUUGCUGCAACCUUAGUGUUUUACACAUUGGUUGGAUCAUGUGGCUACAUGUGCUUUAUGGAUGCUGUGAAAGGUAAUAUUCUCUCUAACCUGCCCUCCAGUGCCAUGAUGGAGGGGGUGCGUGUGGUGCUCUUGGCCUCUGUGGUGAUGAGCAUUCCCUCGAUAAUCCAGCCCUGCCGCCAGGCCAUUGGCACCCUGCUCUUCGAGGAGCAGGUAAACGGCACUUUCUCAGUAAAGGGGGACAUGUCUCUCUGCCAGCACAUUGCAACCACAUCUCUUCUGCUGUUCCUCACAAUGACCACAGGGAUCCUGGUGCAGGAUGUGGAGACCGUGCUGGGAGUUGUGGGCACCACCACUGGAGCGAUAAUCUGCUACAUAUUCCCAUCUCUAAUGCAGUCCAAACUGAGUAAAGAAACAGUCAGUGGAAAGAUUGUCCUAACAGUUGGAUUUAGUUUGCUUGUUACUCCAGUCUAUGCCAACGUUGCUCGAGUUAGCAAGGAAGAAAUCAAACUUGAGCCUAUGCGGGAAGUUCCAUCACUGUUUGAGCUGAAAGCAACCCAGCCGACCCUGUGGACUGAAACCACCGUGCAAAUCCUAAUGAACGAACAAGCCCCCAAUGCUGCACUGAACGAAGAGAAAGGAACAGAGUACAACACUUCGGACUCUGCUCUUGAAGACGACACCCGUCAGAAACGACCUCGACAAAGGAACCAGAGCGAAAUAAACAGGGGUUCUGAAAGUACCUUAAGACGUUCCCCAACCCUUCUGCGUUUUUUAUUAAAAACUUCCCAAAACAUUUCCAGCUUUACCUGAGAAUGUUUUAAUAAUGAUUCAACGAAAGACCAAGUCAAGGCUGUACUGUGCUGUGUUUAAUAUAGAUGUCUCCAGCGAUUUUGCAGUGUUUAAAGAGAACACCUUUGAUGAACAAGAGGGCUUACUUCCACAGGAUGUUCCUUCUGAAACGUUGACACUAAUAAAUAAAACAUGUAAAAAUAUAGUUUGAUUAACAGAAGCUGGCACAACGGUGGCUGCUCCUCCGGCCUGCAGCUGCGCCACUUAUUCUGCACUACGCUACAGUAUCUUCUAUUAUUUUUUUUGUAGUAAAAUAACCUACAAUGCUCAUGUCGUUUCAAUUACCUUGAGAACCUCGAGGCUCUCCCCAGCAGUUAACUCAGAGUCAUGCGAUUCCCUGUUUUCAAUAAGUGGUGUACAUUGAUUGUAGUGAAUUUGAUGCAGAGUUCUACAGACACUGUGCAAUUAUUAUUUAUAAUAAUUAUUAUUAUUAUUAUUAUUAUUAUUAUUAUUAUUAUUAUUAUUAUUAUUAUUUAUUAUUAUUAUUAUUAUUGCAGAUGGUGACCAAAUGGGUUGAUGUACUGUGUUAUUUUCUCAAAACUAAAUAAACAUGAGCAAGGGACUGAAUCUUACUAUAGGUUAUGUGGUCUACUGUACACAGAAUUAAAUAUAAUUAAUGAUACAAUGAUACUCCAUUCAGAAAUACAGCUAGGGUUGCAAGGUUUCUCUUCAUAUGGUAAUUCUGGGGUUAAAUUAAACCUUAAUGCUUGAGUUUCAACGA